GGCAAGUUCACAGUACAAAUGUGACAUCAUUGCCUAGCACACGGUGAUCCAGAUAACAGUCAGAAACACCAUGGACACUGAAGAAAUAAGGGGAGACAACUCCGGGUUUGUUAAUAACUGGCAGGGUGGGAAGUCCUUGGCGGAGUGUAAUCUUUACAUGUUGACCUCUGAGGACUCCUAUGACGUCAGCUUCCUGGUUGGGAAAGAAGAGAAGCUAGUCCGAGCUCACCGAUAUGUGCUGAUGAGUCGGAGUUGUGUGUUCCACGCCAUGCUGUGUGGCCCCCUGGCGGAGAAAGAAGACAUCAAGGUACCUGACGUGGAGGAAGAAACAUUCACUGAAAUGUUAAGGUACCUGUACACAGACACGUCAUCGCUGACUGCUGAGAAUGUGACAGGUGUGUUGUACCUGGCCAAGAAGUACGCCGUGGGGGUCCUGGAGCGUCUGUGUGUGACAUACCUGGUAUCCUCCCUGACAGCAGAGAACGCCUGUGUCAUCCUGGAACAAGCCCACGUGUUUGAUGAGGAGGAACUCUUUGACAGGGCUCUGAAGUUCAUUGUACAGAAUGGAGAUGUCGCUGGCUUUACCGGUCUUUGUGGUUCGUGUUUUCAUAGAGUUGUAAGUGCAGAGGAAUUUAUAGCAACAGAUGAUACAGCUUUCAGUGCUGCCCUCUCGUGGGCUGAGGCAGAAUGUAAACGUCAAGGAAGGGAGAUCACUCCGGAAAACAAACGUCUUGUCCUUGGGGAUACAGUGUAUGAAGUUGACUUUACCUUAAUGGACAUGAAAUUGUUUGCUAAAACAGUUGUACCGUCUGGGAUAUUAUCGGGCGAUGAAUGUACCAAGUUGUUGUGUUACCUCAUCUCACCUGAUACUGAUGUGGCGCCAUUCAAAAUGAAGUCAAAACUUAACAUGGGGGUGGCUCUGUAUGCAGACCGAAUUCACACAGGACACUGUCAGGAGGAUUCCAGCAUCAUUUUCUCGUGCAGCGAGGACAUUCGUCUGACUGGUCUCUGGGCAUUUGGUAAUGCCAGCUGCACAUACAACAUUUCUCUGUAUGAAGAACAGCAGACAAAUGCCAGUGACGGAGGUUUUACUUCUGUUAAGAGGUGGGUUCCAAGAGAAGUAUCAACUGUGUUAGAGAGAAGUAUUUCCAAUGAAGUCCAACUGCAACUGCGAAAGCAAUUCUCUCUAUACAAUGAUUUCAGAUAUAAAAUUGAAAUGACAAGAACGUCAAUUAAAAAUGGAUGGUCAGGUUCUUCUGUAUUCAACAACAUCUCACUUGGUAAAUGUCAGAUAUCAGUUGCAGAACAAAGUGGACCUGGUCUCAUCUCGAGACUCAUGUUGGAAGAAAUGUGAGAUGUGUGAUGAAGCGGUUCCGGAUGUCUUCUAUGGGCGUGGUCACACGUGGUCCACUUCUAGGCCUGCCAGUUGUCUGACCUUUCUGCCGUUAACGUCGCAUCAACCUGGUCAUAUAAACACGGGUACAUCCUAAUGUACUUGCCAUGCGGCCAUGUGUGGCCUCCUGGGCCAUACCAACGGAUCCUGUGAAGAUCCGCGAUAGAAUAGGUCUUCAGCAACCCAUGCUUAACGUAAAAGGCGACUAUGCUUGUCGUAAGAGGCGACUAACGGGAUCGGGUGGUCAGGCUCGAUGACUUGGUUGAUGCAUGUCAUCGUAUCCUAAUUGCGUGGAUCGAUGCUUAUGAUAUCAAUCACUGGACAAACCAUACCAUAUCUGUGGAUUGCUGUUAAACGAAGCAUAUCUUUUGUGUGCUUUGGUUUACUGUGUUCGUUACGACGUUUUCUGAAAAUGCACGUGUUCAUUACAAUUAACACUUUCGGAAAACUUUAUUUCAUCGAAUGCAAUUGGUUGUACUUGUGCAACAUUUUUCACCACGAUUUCUAUUCUAUGUGUUACUUUAUGAAGUAAUUUGACUAAUUGCUACUUGGUGUGCUUUCUUUUGAACGACAGUUUACAUACAACUCUAUAUAAUAUGUAUACCUGUUGUAUCUCUACAAUGUGUAGAUAAACUUUAAUUGCUUUCCAUAUCUCUAGAAUGUAUUAGUCUAUGUAGAAUAUUUCUCUUCUAUAUUGAUUGCUAUUUCAGAAAUUAUGAUUGGUGUCAACCUAUAAUGUGUUUGGAUACGUUUCUUUUCAUCACACUGCUUCAGUGGAUAAUAUUUUCGUUCAGCAUUAAUUGUGAAAAACUACCUAAGCUAGAAUACACCAUGUCUUCUCUUUAUGUGAUUUUAUUUAUUAUUUUGUGUACAGCUUCCUGUACCUUUGUAACUCAAAUGAUCUCCUUUCGGAAGAUGAUGAUGUCUGAGUGGUCAGGGUCAAAGAAUGUGAAGACAACUGUACAUCCUAACACAUACCCAUCUUGACCAGGCAUCUCUAGGCUGGAUCUCACUGACCAAGGUGUCAUUCAGCCAAGCAUUCCCCUAUGCCGUGGAACUGAGGCGCUCUGUGAGAACCCACACGAAAGUCUUGCCAAGUGCAGAGACAUAUGGUAACAUAUACGGGUUAUAUGAAUAUGCUUGUCGUAAGAGGCGACUAACGGUAUCGGAUGGUGAGGCUCGCUGACUUGGUUGAAGCAUGUCAUCGAUCCCAAUUGCGUCGAUUGAUGCUUGUGAUGUGAAUCACUGGUGUGUCUG